AUGCCGACAGUCCCUUCUCCAGAGUUACCCACCCCUGUAGUAUUCACUGUACCACCAGUAGUACCACCUACGUACCCAGCACCCCCUCCAGCCCCGCCUACUGUGUACCUAGAACCACCGCCACCUAUGCUUGCUACGGCGUAUUCGGCACCUCCUCCAGCUGUGCCUACGACGUAUCCGACACCUCCUCCAGCUGUGCCUACGGCGUAUCCGACACCUCCUCCAGCAGUGCCUGCUGCUGUGUACCCGGCAUCCACACCAGUAGCACCAAUUACACCUACUAUUCCUCCAGUCUCUCCAGUCUAUAUUGACCAUGCAGUGCCACCAGUGGUACCUGCCCCAGCUUACGCAGCAGCACCAAGAGUACCUCCCCUGGCCUAUCCAGCUGUACCACUUGUAGUACCAGCUCCAGAGAUUCUGCCAGUUUCCACAACGAUCCCUACUCACCCUACUGAUAUAAUUACGGCACGAGCUCGGAUCCCAGCUUUGGCAGAGUCGAUGAAAAGUCGAUUCACGCUAUUCUGCGGAGAGACAGAUCUGAGUAUGGCUCAUUCUUGGAUAGAGACCUUGGAGCGGAAUUUCUUCUCUAUGGCUUGCUCUGAGUGGGAGAAGGCAGACCUGGCUGCUUAUGAUUUACGGGACGAGGCCGAUAUCUGGUGGGAUACGUAG